CAGAAGGAGAAGCUGCCAACGACGUUCCAGUGCCUGUUCUGCAACCACGAGAAGUCCGUCUCCGUGUCCAUCGAGAAGAAGUCCGGUGUCGGCAAUCUGCAGUGCAAGGUUUGUGGGCAGACGUUUCAGACUAACAUCAACUAUUUAUCGGCGCCGGUCGAUGUGUAUGCCGACUGGAUCGAUGCUUGCGAUGCUGUUGCGAAGGAAGCUGCUGCUGGGCGCGCGACCGAGCGCUCGACGAACCGUACUGGUGCCCUUCCUAAGCCUGUAGACGACGAUGAUGGCUUUAUCGAGAACGACGACCUAGACGCAGAGGGCGACUACGAUGGCUGA